AUGCGGGUCGGCGGCUGCGAGGGCGGACUCGAUCCAAUACCAUCCAAAAUAAUGCGAUCCCCAAGACGUUAUCGAACCCGCUCCUUUGCCGUUCUGACUCUGGCCUUGGCCUCUGUGGCAGUGUCUCUGGCCACUCCGCUGAGCAACUCCUACCUGCCGCCCAAGGUGGGUGCCACGAGUGGCUAUAAUGCCGCAGCUUCUAGCUCCUCUGGCUCGUAUGCAGCUGCUCCGGCGACUGCUUCCUAUGCCAGGAAGAGUCACUCGGUGGUGGCUUCUGCUCCUUCCAGGCAGUAUCUGGCGCCAGCUGCCUCUUCUGGUGGCUCCUCGUACUCCUCUGGUGGAUCUCAUGGCUCCUCGUAUUCCUCUGGAGGAUCUCAUGGCUCCUACUCGGCUCCAUCUACAUCCCAUGGCUCCUACUCCUCUGGAAUUUCCUCGGGCAGCAGCUACGCCUCAGCUCCCGCAGCAUCUCAUACCAGCUACUCGGCACCUGUGGCUGCUCCUUCCAGGAAGUAUCUGGCUCCAGCUGCCGUUUCUCAUAGCAGUUACUCUGCUCCUGCCGUUGCCCACAAAAGCUAUGCUGCCCCAGCUGCCUCCCAUACCAGCUACUCGGCACCUGUGGCCGCUCCUUCCAGGCAGUAUCUGGCCCCGGCUGCCUCUCAUACUAGUUACAGUGCCGUUGGAGGAUCAUCUUAUGCUGCCCCAGCUGCUUCUCAUGGCUCGUACUCGGCUCCAGCUGCUUCUCAUAGCUCUUACUCGGCUCCAGCUGUCUCUCAUGGCUCCUACUCGGCUCCAGCUGCUUCUCAUGGCUCGUACUCGGCUCCAGCUGCUUCUCAUAGCUCCUACUCGGCUCCAGCUGUCUCUCAUGGCUCGUAUUCCGCUGCUACUACCUCUCAUGGCUCCUACUUCGCGCCAGCUGUGGCCUCCAGGAAGAGCUAUGCCGCUCCAGCCGUGUCUCAUGUGAGCUAUACCGGCUCCAACCAUGGCUCUGGCUAUGCUGCUAGUCAGGGUUCCAGCCAUGGUUCUCUUCAAGGAUCCGGCCUCCGAGCUGGUCAUGGAGCUAGUCAUGGAUCUGGUUACGCAUCGGGACACAAGUCCGGUGGAUAUGCCUCCAACGGUGGCUACGAGUACCGUCUGAAGCAUUAA